AUAAGAACACCCACAACAUUUCCCCUGCAACGCCCUCUCUCUCUACUCUCUCUCUACUCUCUCCUUUCUCUCUACUCUCUCCUUUCUCUCGCUCUCAGACACUAGAGAAGAACAGACAAAACAAAUGGAAGAGUUUGGUUCUAUUUGGUUCUACCAAGAGAGUAUGGAUGAAUUAAGACAAAAGCUUCAAUACACUUCCUUCGAGCUUGAAGCUGUGAAAGCAAAAGCCUAUGAAGAAUCAAAGCUUCAUCAAGAAGAAGUGAGUAAUCUUCAUCAUCUUCUCAAACUCGCUCGUCAAGAGAGAGACGAAGCUAAAGAUCAAUUACAGAAACUCCUCACAAUCAAAACAAACUCUAGCAUCACUGAGUCAAACUCGCACGGUUCUUCACCGGUUAACUCGUUCUUCGAACCGGUUUCUUCUCCUGAAUUCUCCAACUUCAACAUUAUACCGGAACCGGUUCACCAGAUGAAACUCAGUAACCGGCCCGUUAACCGGGUCUAUAAUUCUCAGAAGAGACCGGUUAAGAUUGAUCCAGCUGAAGCAUUGAUGAAUGAGAUCAUAAAAGGUAAAACCUUACCGGAGAAAGGGAAGUUUCUUCAAACUGUGAUGGAGUCAGGACCGUUGCUUCAGACACUUCUUGUCGCCGGUCCUCUUCCACGGUGGCGUAAUCCUCCGCCGCUUCAACAGAGUUUCAGGGUCCCGUCGGUUUCGAAUUCUUAUGAUAUCUUGAAAGGUUGUUCAACGAAGACAAAGACAACGACGUCAAUGCUCAACUUCAGAAGUUGUUCUGUUCCUGGAAUUGCUACUGGAAUGGAAUUUGCUAAGAGACAAAGAUUUCAUUAGUAUUUUAUUUUACUAUCUUUUCUUCAUGCUCUGUUUUGUUUUGGUUAUUGAGUUAGCCGUCUUGGAUUUAUAUUAUUUGUAAAGAUUUUAUAAAUGGGGUUAUGAGGGUCUAAGCUUUUGUGUGUAAAUUGAAGUAUAAGCGAUUUGAGAUUUCUGAAUUUAUGUGUUCACGAAUCUUUAUUUCAAGCAA